GGCAAUGUUCCUGGAAAUUAACCAUAACUAUAACUAUAACCACUUUCUCUCUCUACGUUUCUUGUCCGGUUAUUAUAUCUCUUUUCCCAAGGCACUGUAACUCACUUCUCUUCUCUCUCUUUCUCUGUGGAUAAUCUCUUCCAUUGCUCACAGCAGGAACACCAUUAUUACCGUUAGAGAGUUCGCAACGGCUUUUCAAAUGUGACGCUGUCUUCAGGAGCUUAGGAAAAAUGCAAGAGACGCUACUCACACUGUCGGAGCAACAAGAGGACAACAACGCAACCACAAAGGACAUCGAGCUCCUACUGCCACCGCCGUUGUGUCGCCGUCCAACGAGGACGCGCCGGGUGUCUCCCGAGACUGUGGAGAGGGCACUCCCGAACGGAUACAUCUACAGCGGCAGCCUCUCGAGAAACGCGCUGCUCGGCAGUGGGAAGUACCUCUGGUUGAACGGGUGCAUGUACGAGGGAGGGUGGAGGAAGGGAAAGGCGUGCAGCAAGGGGCGAUUCUCCUUGCCCUCUGGCGCAACCUACAAGGGCGAGUUUGCCGCCGGGAGGAUGCACGGCCCCGAGACCUUCGUCGGCGUCGACGGGGAUAUGUAUCGCGAUGCGUGGCUCUCGGACAGGAAGCACGGGUUUGGGGAGAAGCGGUACGCGAACGGCGACGUAUACGAGGGGUGGUGGCGGUGCAACCUGCAAGAGGGGGAGGGGAGGUACACUUGGCGCAACGGGAAUGAGUACGUCGGGGAGUGGAAGAAUGGCGCCAUCUCCGGGAAGGGCGUGCUGGUGUGGAAGAACGGGAACCGUUACGAGGGGUGUUGGGAGAACGGGGUUCCCAAAGGGAGAGGCGUCUUCACAUGGCGCGAUGGGAGCACCUCCUCUGGGAAUUGGGGGAAGGAGUUUGUCAAUGAGAAACGUGUGUCGGUGGAUGAGUGUUGUAACAAGAACCACAACAUAAAGAGUGUGAGUUUUCCCCGGAUUUGCAUUUGGGAGCUUGAUGGCGAGGCUGGGGAUAUCACUUGUGACAUUGUGGAGGCUUCUGUGUUUUAUGGUAGUGGUGGUGGUGAAGGAGGCACAGGGUGUGAGAGUGAUGUGCAGUUGCAGAGGAGUCCUUGUCGUUCUGUUGAUGGGGACGUUAAGAAGCCUGGUCAUACUGUUUCCAAAGGGCAUAAGAAUUAUGAUUUGAUGCUCAAUCUUCAACUGGGUAUUAGAUACUCUGUUGGAAAGCAUGCUUCUGGUUUGCGAGAGCUUAGGCCUGGGGAUUUUGAUCCGAAGGAGAAGUUCUGGACGAGGUUCCCUCCGGAGGGGUCUAAGUUUACACCUCCUCAUCAAUCUGUGGACUUCAGGUGGAAAGAUUAUUGUCCUAUGGUGUUCAGACAUCUAAGGGAAUUAUUUGGAAUAGAUCCUGCGGAUUACAUGCUUGCUAUUUGCGGCAAUGACACACUGAGGGAGAUGUCUUCUCCUGGCAAAAGUGGAAGCUUCUUUUACCUCACUGAGGACGACCGGUUCAUUAUCAAAACCUUGAAGAAGUCUGAAGUCAAGGUGCUCAUCAGGAUGCUUCCCAGUUACUACCAACAUGUCUGUCAGUACAAGAAUUCGCUGGUAACAAAAUUUUUGGGGGUUCACUGUGUCAAACCAAUUGGAGGUCAAAAGACUCGGUUUAUUGUGAUGGCCAAUGUAUUUUGUUCGGAGUAUCGGAUCCAUAGGCGGUUUGACCUCAAAGGUUCUUCUCAUGGUCGAACAACCGAUAAACCUCGGGAGGAGAUUGAUGAGACUACCACUCUUAAAGACCUUGAUCUUUGUUUUGUCUUCCGCCUGGAACAGUCUUGGUUUCAAGAGCUAAAAUGGCAACUUGAUAGAGACUGUGAAUUCUUGGAAGCAGAGGGAAUAAUGGAUUACAGUUUUUUGAUUGGCCUUCAUUUCCGUGAUGAUAGCUUAGUUGAUGACGGGAAGAGUUUAACCAAUGAGUUGUGUUCAGGUAUAACAGGCAAGAGAGACAUGCAAAAUGAUGACACACAAGAUAUGAAGUGGAUACCCAUAGGCCGGGGACUUCUAAUUCGACUGGGAACAAACAUGCCUGCCAGAGCUGAGAGAGUGUGUAAAGCUGGGUUGGAUCAGCACACUGGUACUGGAAGUAGCAAUUCUAUCCCUUCAGAGAGUGGUGGUGAGGUCUCUGAUGUAAUCCUAUACUUUGGCAUAAUUGACAUUCUCCAAGAUUAUGAUAUAAGCAAAAAGCUAGAGCAUGCAUACAAGUCGCUGCAAGUGGAUCCCUCCUCCAUCUCAGCCGUUGAUCCGAAGCUAUACUCCAAAAGGUUUAGGGAUUUCAUACAUAGAAUCUUUGUGGAGGACAAAUGAUAGAUAUAUUUGGAGAGAGACAAUUGGAACUGAAACGGGACCAGCUUUGGCGUGGUGACACCUUAGCAUCAGGAUCAGGACAUGUCAGUGAAUGCUGCAAAUGUUGGCGAUUUAAAGUUUGAACAGAGAUGUUGGUGCCAAAAUUGAUGGCUAAAUUUUUCUCAUAGCCAUUGCAAAUGGAAUGAAAAGUGAAAACUGGUGGGGGGUGUUGGUAGAUGAUAGACAUGGCAGGGGAUGCUUUAUUUAGUUUUGUUUUUUUUUUUUUUUCAUUGAGGGGAGAGAUUGUGACGAUAGUUGGUUGUACAUGUAAAAUGCAUCAUAGGGCAUGUGAUGAGGUAUUCUUUUUUGAUGACUUUUGGUUGUGGUUGUGGAGAGAAGGGGAUAUAGUGAAUAGAAAAAUGGGUAUGGAGAAAUUCAUAUUUGACCGGGGGGUGUACAGUUAAAGAUGAAUAAAGGAAUUGAAUUGAGUGAACA